CCUCCUUUCAUUUCUCCCGAUCCGCGAUGCCUCAGAACGAGUACAUCGAGGAGCACAUUAAGCGUCAUGGUCGGCGGUUGGAUUACUUCGAGAAAAAGCGCAAGCGCGAGGCUCGUGAGGCCCAUCGCUCAUCCGCGGUUGCGCAAAAGGCCUUCGGUUUGAAGGCGAAGAUCCUCCACGCUAAGCGUCAUGCCGAGAAGGUGCAGAUGAAGAAGACCCUAAAGGCACACGACGAGCGCAAUGUGAAGCAGAAGGACUCCUCAUCUGCACCCGAGGGCGCGCUCCCGACGUACCUGCUCGACCGCGAGGGCCAGAAAGACGCUAAGGCGUUGUCCACCGCGAUCAAGGAGAAGCGCAAGGACAAGGCUGCCAAGUAUGCUGUUCCUCUUCCGAAGGUCCGGGGUAUUGCGGAGGACGAGAUGUUCAAGGUCAUGCGGACGGGCAAGAGCAAGAAGAAGGCGUGGAAGCGGAUGGUCACGAAGGCGACGUUCGUCGGGGAGGGCUUCACUCGUAAGCCGGUGAAGAUGGAACGUUUCAUUCGUCCCAUGGCUCUCCGCUACAAGAAGGCGAAUGUUACCCACCCCGACUUGAAAGCGACAUUCCAGCUGCAAAUACUCGGCGUGAAGAAGAACCCUCAAUCACCGAUGUACACACAGUUGGGCGUCCUCACAAAGGGAACGGUCAUCGAAGUGAACGUUUCGGAGUUGGGCAUGGUCACCGCUGGUGGCAAGGUUGUAUUCGGGAAGUACGCACAAAUCACGAACAACCCUGAAAAUGACGGUUGCAUCAACGCGGUACUCCUCGUCUAAUGCCCCUCACGCACGUCCUCUCAUCUACGGUUUCAUGCCCAUCUUAGCAUAGCACCUCCUUCUCAUGUCAUUCCUGUCGCUUUCUAUGCCAGUAUGUAGCAUCUGUAAUAUCAUGUCUUGUGGUGGAC